AUGAAGCGCUAUUUUCAGGAGGCAUUAGGAGAUGAAUUUUCAAGCGGUGAAUACCCAGCUAAUGAAAAUCAAUAUUAUCCUAAAGACUCUAUGAGUUUGGCAAUUGAUCGUCCAAAAAAACAAUUCAAGGCCAGCUCAACUGAAAGCUCAAUGUACUUGUUGGGGUUCAAACAAAUACUUUCUACAGUUCUCGGCCAUGAGUCUCACCUCUUAGCUCAAGAAGAGCUAUCCGUAAUUGAUAAAUUCAAGAUUCUGUCAUGCGACGAGCAAUAUCUCUUUGUUCGUCUUUUCAUGAGAAAGCGCGAUAAAUGGUUUCGAGUUGCACAGCUCAAUUAUCCAGAUUGCCAGAAUAUAGCAGAAUCUUGUGCAGGUCUUAGAAAAUCGGGGUUUUUUGUUGAUGACAAUUCAAUAAGCAUUGAGGAAUUAUUGGAAAUCAUGACUUCAGAGGAGCUGCGAACGGUAGCUCGUUCCAGUAAAAUAAAAGGAAAGUCGAGGAAAGAAGUCAUUGACUCAAUUAUCUGUUUGUCGAGAAAACAAUCUGUGCUCCAUACUGAUGGUCAAUUGUUUCUUUCCUUCAAUGGAAUAGGAAACUUGAAUAAUCAGACGAAGCAGCUCAAAAAGCAGAUUUUAUAUUACAGCGGAUCAUGUGUAAAACCGGAAAAGAGUGUCGUUGAGCUUUUCCAUCGGAUACACGUAGUAUACUUUCGUUCCACGAUGUAUGAUGAACAUUCUCUAACUUCUUUGAUCCUAGUUCGAAUUAACAAAACGGUAUAUCCGAGUUAUCAAAUAUCUCGAACCUCAAAUGUCUUCGAAUCUAGGUCAGUUUUGAUGGAAUAUGUAGAUGCGCUAGAGCUUUGUAAAAAAGUUUUACCAUUAUUUGAAGGUCCUAUGUUGUCAAACGAAGAAGCUUUUGGAACUGCCCUUGAUCUUUUUUUUAAUAUUUACCCAAAAUGGCUGUCUUACAUCAAUUGUGAUAUGCUAAAGUUUGCAAAUGCUUUUGAGGAAGAUAAGCAACAUUUGUACAGCUUUAUUUUUUCUUAUCGUCCAGGGGCUGUUUAUACUUAUUUAAUUCAUAAAGGUACAAACAUUUUAGGAAAACUACGUUUAGUUGAUCUUGAAAUCGAAGUCCUUGAUACUCUACUUGCUCAAAACAUGUACUUAAUUGGUAAAAGGGGGUUUUGGUACAAUAGGAAAGCACUUUUGGAAGGAAAUUACAGAACUACAGAAGUAAGUAUGCUACGCACUUGGCGACAUCGAGCUCUCUGUACCUGUACACAUGGCGUUGAGGACAAAAAUACGCACAUGAAAUAUCAGUUUGUUCUUCAGAGAAGACUUUCGCGACUCGAAAAAGUAUUAAUGGUACCCGAAAAGGAUAGGCGUGAUUUUUCUUAUAACUUUCAAAACAAACCUUCAAAUAUUACAAUAUAUGGUAAAAGAAAGGACUUGAAGGAUAAAAGUCAACAAAGAACGCUUUGGCUUACUUCAAAGGGAGAUGUACUGACAGUCGAACAGUUUGCUGCCGAGUACUAUACAUCUCUUGGUUGGUCUACUGUUCACUCUGAAAGCGGAAUUUUCCUGACUUUGUUUGCUUUGGUUUUUUGGGAUAUUAUUUUUAUGGACAUUCCUGGUGUUUUCCAAUCCGCGUUUCAGUCAGCACCUUUGGAUUUAUCCACGGAUUUGUUUUUUUCGGCACGGGAAUUCGCAAUUCGUGAAAGACUUGCAGAAGUUGAAUGCGGCUACACUGGACAAUAUGUCAAGGAUGUUUAUACUCGUGAGUCGGAAAGUCAGCCAGUAUGCAUAGGGUUGCAAUGGGUUUAUUCGCUUGAGAUGCUGCUUUCUGUAACACACUGUAUACCUGGUAAAGGCCUAGCUUCUAUCUUCCAUGCCAUGGCCCAAGACUAUAAAAAUGCUUCCAGUGGUAUGCCAGAUUUAUGCCUUUGGAAUUCUAAUACAAAAAAUUUUCUACUAUCGGAAGUCAAGAGUGAUAACGACAGAUUGUCCGAGCCCCAAAAGUUUUGGAUUGAUUUAUUGUUGAGUGCAAGCUUACCCGUAGAAGUAUGUCAUGUGCUCACAGAUACAGACAAAAUUUCUUUGUAA